AUCGUUGUUGGUGUGUAGCGGCACUCAUUUCAUCAGAAUGUAAAAUAGAAAAUCCAAGUAGCGGGGUAAUUAUCAAUGGGUGGUCAACUGUUUGUCUACUACUGUAUAACAGAGUACAACAGUUUCAAGUUAUAUGAACAGGGCAUUUGAAUAGUUUGAAACUUUCUUGCGCUGCUGUGCCUCAGGUGACUUACCAGUGCCAGAACCGACAUUCAAAAAGUGACAGGCAACCGGACCGGUGGUGUUUGGAGACGCUGCACUCGAUCCCUGUUUAAUAAAUCCAGACUCUACAACAAGGUGUUGGGCCUGUACCCCCCCCCCCCCCAACAGGUGAUGUUUGCCAAGGCAACCGCAAACUUUGUCCGUCAGAUCGACCCGGAUGGAACUCUGAUCUCUGUCUCCCGCCUUAACGACUCAGACAAAUUGGUUCCCAUGGCACUGGUCGUCAAGCGCAACCGUUUCUGGUUCUGGCAACAGCCCAAGUACCAGCCCUCUGGCUUCACACUCAGUCACCUGUUGUUAGGAGACAAAGAGCUCACUCCAGACGUGUCUGAGUCAGACUUCCUGUCCUAUGAGGGGAGGUUUGGAGACAACCUGAGUGGGAAGCUGGACGCCAAGGCUGGGAACGUCAGUGUCAACUUGGAGGGGGGGGGCUCCUCCAAGCUCCAAUCAUCAUUCAGCAAGCUGAAGAAGCAGGAUGUUGAUGUACAGAAGCUACUGCUAGCCUCCAAUGACAGGGUGGUGGACAUGCAGCACGUUCUAGUGCAGCAGUGUCAGAAGCAUACAGAGGUGUUUGCUGUGUUGAAGGAGAGGGUCCUAACCACCACCCCCUGCUCCAUCUCAGAACAGAUCCAGGAACAGGGCACCUGCCAGAGGGUUCUGGGACUACUGGGCAACCUGGGGACACAUGCUGUACAGGAGAAUGGCAGUAUAGAGAUGGACAGUAACGUUUCCUUGGAGAUUCCCCCUCUCACUGUCAUCGCCUACAGCCUCAUAGAGCUAGAGGUCAGGAAAGACGGACACUAUGAGCUGUGUCUCCAGCAUGGUACUCUGGGAGGAUUCGAGGCAGACUCUGGGAGGACCUCGCCGCCCCAGGAUUCCUUUGAUGCCCUGUGUGUAGUGGACGGGCUGGAGUGGACGGAGAAGGAGAUUCCUGAAGGAGCACCACUCGGCACACUGCAGAAAAACUUGCAGGGGUUGGACUUGGAGGUCUAUGCAGGUCAGUUAGCGGUUCUCCCAGAGUCGACCCGGUUAGCUCUGUUCCAAAGACUCCUGGAGGUUCUAGUGGACAGAACCACACUCUCGGUUCUGGAACACAUGUUGGAGGGGUUGUGCAGAGGUGAGGAACCUGACCCUGCAGAGGUAAAGCAAUUAGCUGUGACUCAAAACAAAUCUGUUUCCGCCCUAUUGGACUUGGUCCAGAAAGGCCCAACCAAUGAGAUACAGCCUGACAGAGCCUCCGCCUCCCCUCACCUGACCGCCACUCAUCUGCUGGUCAGCGCCUUGGAGGCGUUGCCUGAAGCUGCUCUGACUCUGCUGGGGGAAUCUAGCCCUGAUGUCCUGGAAGCUCUCAACACUCUGGUGACCAAGCUAAAGGUAAACAGUCAGUCCCUCCCCCUUGAGUCGCUGCCCCUCCCCCUACAGGAUGAGGGGGCAUUCCAUUGGGCAGAGCAGCUCCUCUUCUCCUCCAAAGUGACGCUGCGGAGAGAGACUGACAGGCUGUGGGCGGAGACAGGAAGACAGCCAGGAGUGUUUCCAUUGGUCAUGUGCAUCGCUGUGCAAGGACUGACAUCUCUGUAUGCUGGGAAAGGGUAGCAUGCAUAGAUGGAUGGAUGGGUAUGUUUAAAAUGUAUUACGUUUUAGAAAUUCCAGUGCAUCGCUUGUGUGUUUGCCCUAUAUACAGUCGUAGCUAAAAGUUUUGAGAAUGACACAAAUAUUAAUUUCCACAAUGUUUGCUGCUUCAGUGUCUUUCGAUAUUUUUGUCAGAUGUUACUAUGGAAUACUGAAGUAUAAUUACAAGCAUUUCAUAAGUGUAAAAGGCUUUUAUUGAAAAUUACAUGAAGUUGAUGCAAAGAGUCAACACUUCUUUUUCAAGGCCUCUGCAAUCUGUCCUGGCAGGCUGUCAAUUAACUUCUGGGCCACAUCCUGACUGAUGGCAGCCCAUUCUUGCAUAAUCAAUGCUUGGAGUUUGUCAGAAUUUGUGGGUUUUUGUUUGUCCACCUGCCUCUUGAGGAUUGACCACA